AUGUCGCGUAGAAAAUAUAACGCAGAUGAUGAGGUGGAUUGCAUUUUUCCUUUUGAAUUCAAAAACGUCACAUACAAAUCGUGCACAACGGUUGAAAACAAAGGUCAGGCGUGGUGCUCUUUAGAUUCUAAGUACCGAGACAGAUGGAAAGACUGUCCAUCAGGUAGUUAUAUUAUCCAUAUGCAUUUUAUGCAUCUAAUAACAAGCUUCUGGAAGAAUAUUUGGUUCAUUAGGCGAAUAGUUAUUUCUAAGGAAAUUUCUCAAAACUGUCAUACAAAAAAAACUAGUAAUCACACAGCAGCCAGAGGAGAAGAUUGUGUUUUCCCAUUUCGUUAUCGUGGAACAUGGUAUGAAAGAUGCAUUACAAACGACAGAGAAUCACUAUGGUGUUCUAAAGACCCAGUGUUUAUGGGCAACUGGAAAUUUUGCAAGUCCAAGGAAGACUUAGAAGUUACCAAUGACAAACAUUGUGUAUUUCCAUUCAUCUAUGAGGGUAUUGAAUACAAAGGAUGCACAAUGCGAGAUUCAGAAAAACCUUGGUGUUCAAAAGAUGCUGUAUUCAAAGAUAAAUGGAAAUAUUGUCCGAGAGGUGGUGAAGGGUGUGUUUUCCCAUUCAAGUAUCGUGGUCAAAUUUACAAUGACUGCACGCGCGAUAAUGGCGAAGAUUUAUGGUGUUCACAAGACGCUGUUUUUGAUGGAAGGUCUAAGAAAUGCACUUCAAGUGAAACAGAUUGUAUAUUCCCAUUUCAUUACAAUGGAAAGGUGUUUACAUCUUGCACUCAUGAAGAUUUUGGCAGGGCGUGGUGUUCUAAAGAUAAAUUUUACAAAGGUAGACGAAGAAAAUGCCCAGUGGGUAAGAAUAUAAUGACUUUGGUCUAA